AUGCGUAGUUUCGAACCAACGCUAGCUCAAAGUGGAACAGAAGAGAUAACAAACGAUACGCCAAUAAUGAUUUGGUAUCACUUGGCGUCAGAUGUUAACAGAUACGCUGCUCAGUUUGAUUUUGAUUACAAAUGGAAAUCAAUAUGUGAAUGUGGCCGUUUGGAAUUGGAAGUAGAGAAAGAUUUGUGGAAGCAGCUCACAUCACCAGAUUAUCCUAAUCAUUACUGUAAUUCAAUGAAAUGCCAAUAUCUGUUAAGUGCACCACAAGGAUGUAUUGUUGUUGCAAAUAUCACAGAAUUGGCUCUGGAACCCAACGAAGAUGUCCUGGCUAUUUUUGAUGGUGCCAAUGUAACCGAUCAGCGAAUUAGAACUAUUAGUGGAUUUGAAAUUUCCACAGUUUCAUUACGAAGUACUAGUGAAACGAUGACAGUUUAUUUCGAAACUGAUAUCAGUAUCACCAAUAAAGGAUUCGUCCUAUAUUACACUGCUGAAGACGCACCAGUAGAUGACAAAAGUAACGUUGCUGAUAAGCUGGGAAGCUCGAAGCAUCUGGGCAUUAUUUUCUGCAUCCUGCUGUCUCUUAUUACUGGCACUGUAUUUGGUUUAAUUUAUUACAAACGGUUAUUCUGUUUCGCAAAACAAAGAGGCCGCUGGCAUGGUACUUCCGUUGUUGGAUUCACCAAUUUGUCCCAUGAAAAUAGCUCGUAA